UGGUUGUUUUAAUUUCGAAGUUUAGAAAUUAAUUUGCCAAACAGUCCAUGUCAGAGGUGGAAAAAAGAAAAAGAAGCAACGCCGUCGGACGAAUGUUCCCCAGGUCCGCCAAAAACCCAUUUCGUGGCCGGAAAACAUAAAGAAAAAAGAGAAGGGAAAAUGGAGUCAAACAGAACGGAGGCGGAGCGGUUGCUAGGAAUCGCGGAGAAACUUUUACAGGCCCGGGAUCUAACGGGCUCAAGGGAGUUCGCCGUCUUGGCCCAAGAGACAGAGCCCCUUUUGGACGGCUCCGAUCAGAUCUUGGCGGUUGUCGACGUACUCUUGGCCUCCGAGAGGCGCAUCAACAACCAUCACGAUUGGUACGGAAUCCUCCAAUUAGAUCACCGCUCCGACGACCUCGAUCUCAUCAAGAAGCAGUACCGCCGCAUGGCUCUCCUCCUUCACCCUGACAAGAACAAGUACGCCUUCGCCGACCAGGCCUUCAGGCUCGUCGCCCAUGCAUGGGCCGUCUUGUCCGACCAGACCAAGAAGCCCCUCUACGAUAAGGAGCUCAACCUCUUCUUCUCCAAGGUCGAUUUGAGCUCUCAGCACCAACAGCAAGUUAAAUUGCCCGUUCGGAGGACGACAACGACCACGACGACGAACACCCAUCAUUCGUCUGCCGGCAACAGGUCGUCAGCAGCGGCGGACGAUGUCGCUGGCAACCAUGGUGGUGGUGGGUCGUCGGAGCAGGAUCAUCAUCAUCAUCAUCAGCAGCAGCAGCAGCAAAAUCAGAGGCAGAGGCUUCAGAGCUUCUGGACGGCGUGUCCAUACUGCUUCGUGUUGUAUGAGUACCCGAGGGUUUACGAGGAUUGCUGUUUGAGGUGCCAGAAAUGCCAGAGGGCUUUCCAUGCGGCAAUGAUUCCGUCUUUGCCGCCAUUGGUGGCAGGCCAGGAGGCUUACUACUGUUGCUGGGGUUUUUUCCCACUCGGGUUCGUGUUUGGGAGCUCGCAGAAUGGAGGGAAAGCUUCGGCUCCUGCUCCGGCGGCUGCGACUGGGUUUCCGAAUUGGAUGCCACCUAUGUUUCAAUCAGCACCGCAGCAGCAGCAGCAGCAAGAGAGUGGGAGGAAUGGUGGGUUGGCUCCGGCGAAGGGAAAUGCAGAUGGGACUAGAGGGAGACAUGGAACGGUGAAAGUUUCCGAUGGGAGUGCAUCGGAAUUGGAAACUGUUCGUAGGAAAAGGGGAAGGCCCAGAAAGAAUCCAGUUUACUCCUAAUUACAAGCUUUUAAAAAAAAAAAAAAAAAAAAAAAAAAUCUUUUUGGCUCGUUUUCUACCCAAGUUGGAAAUUGUGGGUGAGAAAAUAAAAUUUUGGGCUUGUAUUGACGAUUAAGGGCUGAGGGAAGAGGGCUUUUGGGAGUUGUUGUUUUUGGUGGGGUUGAUCAUGCUGAGCUGUAAAUGACGGCAUUGUUCCUUGUGAUGAAGAUGAAAAAUGGACGGAGUUGACGGCUGAUCGGAUUGGGAAAAUGCCCCC